GUGUAGUCGUCGUUGUCGUAAUCGAAACAUUGGCUACAUUUAUUUCUAUCGCAAAAAUACACCGUCAUUUCAAAGGCAAAACACAAUCACUCCUUUGAAACCGUAUAAAAAGAGGAAGAAAAAAAAGCACGCGUUCGGUGGCCGUAGCACACUGUCUCGAGUACAAUAUAGUAUACAUGUAUAUCAGAGUCAAUAAACACCCAUUCAACACAAUAUAUCUCGUUUUGUUGUUUUGGUGCUGAUUUGAAGCUACCGUUUCGCUUUUUUUUCUCUUCACAAUACUCACUCGCUCACUCUGCCGCCGCUUCAACGACCAGCUUCCAAGCGACUUUUUCUUCUUCUUCUUCUUCUUCUUGUUCGGUUUUCUUUCGCUAUACGCAUCGUGUGUGUCGCGAUCAAGCGACACAAGUUACUUGUUCUUGUUCGCGAGCGUACACAAUUCAAUUCCAUUUUAAACUUUGCUAUAAAUCAUUCGGCUACAAUUGGUAACGGUUUUCGUAUAUUUCGCUUAUCCCGUUUUUGUUCAACGCACAACAUUGACACAGGAUGUGCAACACACCAGAGCAGUGACAGUGAAUAAUUAUUUGGAUUUCAUGUAAAGUGCAUUGCAGCGAUGAUGCAAGGACAUUUGAUUUAUCGAUCCCAUCACCAUUUAUCCCGACCAUUCGAUUAAUCCAAAUGAAGUUAUUUUUCAAACGAAACAUUCAGUGGCCGAUGGUUGCAUUUUGAGCAAGGAUUUUUCUUCGUCGAAGAAAGAACGAAUACCGUUUUUGUGCAUGAAAGAACAUGUGUUGAAAGUUUUUAAACGAAAAAACCGGACAAAGAAGCAUUACGAAAACACGAGCUCGCAAAAUGAGAAUCAUUUGCAGCGAAAACGAACAACACCACUUUGCAACGUAUGCACAUUGAAGUGAAAAAGUGAGCUUUGUUUUGACAGAUAGAGAUCAAGAUCAUGCAUUAUAAAUAACAGCAGCCACCACUGUGUGUUAGAUAAUUUGAAUCAAAUCGAGAGUGCUCAUCGAAUCAGUCGAACGCUUGCUAUUGAUGAUAGUGAUUUGUUUUCAAUUGAAGUGGCUAAAUCAAUCGGAACCAAUUGCGCCAGUAUUUUUAAUUCAAUGAAACAAACAAAACGGUAGCCGUUUUCAAAUGUCGUACUUUUAAUUGGAAUCGUAGUUAGAAAAAAUCGAUUUUUGAACCAAUUCGCGGUAGAAAAACUUCGUGAAAUAAACGCAGUAAAAAAAAUCUCGAUUUCAAAAGAUAAAAAGUCGCGUUAAAGAAAAGGCGAAGUUUUAAUAAAUUUACAGUGAAAAAUUCUAAGAAAAAUUCGCGGCAAAAAUUUGAACAUAUUCGAAAAUUUAACAAACUUGAAGUAGAAAGAAUCCAUCAACAAUAAACAAUAAAAAUCUGACAAAAUUGACAGUAAAAAAAACUUGAAUGCUCAUAAGAAUUCAUUGAAUAAUUAUCAUUUUGUGGUCGAAAAAUCAAAAUUUCAACGAAUCGCAGCUAAAAGUGAAUUAUUCGCAGCUUAAAAGUCAGUUUAAUAGAAGAAAAACCGGAAGUCAGUGUUGAUUGAAGAAAAAAAUCUCAAUAGAAAAAAAUCCUUGGUGAACUGAAAAAAGGAGAACAAGGAAGAAAACAUUGAGGAGAACAGAUUCAACAAUAAAAUUCAUGGAAAGUCCACAAAAAGUUUCCUUGAAAAGUCAUUCAACGCGUUUCAAAGAAUAAAACGAGAACAAACUGGAGACAAAAAUCUCCGAAAGUAUUAAACCGUGUGUAUGGUGAGAGUGUGAUAUCGAAACGAAAAGUUUCGUCACUGAAAAGAAAAGUAUUAUUGCGACACAAUGGAGAGUACGAUGGAAGCGACCCCCCGUGCAUUUGACGAUGCAAGUGUGUCAACGCUGGCGGAUAUUUUGAGCACGGUCAACACCACCACCGAAAUGGAAACCACUUGUUUGAUGAAAGGUCAAUUGAAUCCAUCGCAGGCAAAAUUCUUUGGUUGCCCGGUUGUAUUCGAUUCGGUGUCAUGCUGGCCAGCGACAGCGGUAAAUACAUCAGCCAUCGUGCCAUGUUUCACCGAAUUUCUGGGUAUUAACUAUGACGGUUCACAAAAUGCCAGCCGAUUCUGUCAUGCGAACGGAACAUGGGACAAAUAUGCCAAUUACGAUCAGUGUAAGCACGUGGUGAAAGAUUUACCCAAUGAAAUCGACAUUUUCCCACAACUUGAACUGGCUACACACAUCUACAGCAUUGGUUACACACUCAGUUUAGUAGCGUUAAGUUUAGGUUUAGCGGUUUUUAUACAUUUCAAAGAUCUGCGUUGUUUGCGCAACACAAUACAUGGGAAUUUAUUUUUAACAUACAUUUUAUCGGCUCUGCUUUGGAUCAUACCACUUCUAUUGGGGCUAACGCACAAUGAAGCCACCGGCGCCGGAUGCAAAUGCCUUGUUAUUUUAUUACAUUAUUUUACUCUGACGAAUUUCUUUUGGAUGCUGGUUGAAGGUCUCUACCUAUAUAUGCUUGUAGUGGAAACAUUCUCGGGCGAUAAUUUGAAAUUCAAAAUGUACGCGUUCAUCGGAUGGGGUUGCCCGGCCAUUAUAAUUGCUAUUUGGACAGCUGUCAAAUCAUUUGCACCGAUCAAUGAAUCGGACGGACCGAAUCGACAACCGGUCCAAAUGAAAUGCACAUGGAUGCAUGAAUCGCAUGUCGAUUGGAUAUUUCAUGGUUCGAAAAUGGCCUGUUUACUGGUCAAUCUAUUCUUUCUCAUUCGGAUUAUGUGGGUGCUCGUUAUUAAAUUGCGAUCAGCGAACACAGCCGAAACGCGACAGUAUAAAAAAGCAUCGAAAGCAUUGCUCGUACUCAUACCAUUGCUGGGUAUUACGUAUUUGAUUUUAUUGUUCGGACCGGAGAGCGGAGUCUAUCAGCAUAUGUUUAUCAUUUUACAGUCCAUUCUCAUCUCGACACAGGGAUUUUCCGUAUCAUUGCUGUACUGUUUCAUGAAUUCAGAGGUGAAACAGGCGCUUUACCAUCGUUUAUCGAUAUGGCGUGAGAAGCGAAACAUUGGCAACGAUACGCAAAUGGAUUACCGAAAACAUCGAAAUGGCAUGUCCAAGGAUUACUCGUCACCACGUUCACGAACCGAAAGCAUACGUUUAACAUCAAACUCAAAUGGAUCGACGAUCCCAUGAAAAAAAACUUAAUCCUUAUUUUGCACACCAUACCAAAACAACACGUCGAAGAUAUAAUUUCUUAUUAUUUUUAUUGUCGUCGUCGUCGCCGUCGUCACACAUCCACACAUACACAACAUACAUUCUUAAUUUUCUAUUAUAUCAUUUUUUCAAGGAACAAUGAACAAAGUUAUAUUGCAUUAAGCCGAAUUCGAAUUAUCGAUUUAACAAGUGAAAAAUAAAAUAAAAACACACACAAACAAACACAAA